GUUGAUCUUGCGGUCGACUGUGCUGGCUCAGCUUCACACACUAGCGAAGAGGACGCACUGCGCUUGAGAGAGACGGGCAAGGUCGCUUGCAACAUUCCAAGCAGAGAUUGCAGCAUUAAAGAGGAUACCAGGUUAGAAGGACGGCAAUGAUAUUACAGUUUUAUGGCCGGAGAAACGAACAUAAAUGAAUGAGGGAGCAAGUCAAAUCGAAGUCCUUCCCGCCUGGGGGUCUUAACUUGCUUUUCUUGUUCGAUGGAUGGAUCCAUAAUCCCCAGGGAAGGAACGAACCUAUCCACCCGGCGUCGAGGUGGAAGCAACAGUAACUUCAGCAGAGAAUAGAACAGGAUGCAUCCGGAUAACGCUUUUCACGUAUCGCUUAUCGGGAUCUGUAUUCUUCACAGACCGUUUAGGUUGUAGUUUAUCGAUGUGGAUACAGACGAAGCUCAACUGGUUUCCGCUUUCGGUAAUCGAACAAUCAGGAUCGAGUGUCACCGUUGCGAUUCUCGUGGAAGACCAGACGAUUGUUCGCUCUCUGAUAUUUUUGGAAACUGGAAACCAUGGUUCACUUCGGGAAAUCGUCUCCGUCCUGUUUCUACGGUAUCGGGCAUCUUCAGGGGGUUUUGAUAAGCUCUCGGUGAAUCAGUGGCUCUGAUGCUGUACGAUUGUUUCGAGUCGCAGAACCGAGAC